UCACAGCUCUGCUGUGUUCGUGUCUUUCUUUACUGGAGCAAGUAACAGUUUUGUUAAUGUUCAGGCGUUGUGAAGAACACUAAAGAUUUUUUAAAACCUUUUUACCGGUUAAUUUGGAGCUACAUGACAAGGGAGGGUCUAAAUCACCAUCGGCAGGCCUUCCAUGCUGCUCUAAGUCAUAAUGGCAGAGUGAAGAUGGUAAACUUGAAUAUCCUUGGAGGAAUUUUGGAGGAGAUCAAUAUCCAUUCCACUCCGGUGGGUAAAAUCUGGCUCACUAUCCUUUUCAUCUGCCGCAUGCUGGUUAUCGGAGUGGCGGCAGAAGAUGUUUGGAUUGAUGAACAGGCUGAGUUCAUCUGCAACACUCAUCAGCCUGGAUGCAGGAAUGUGUGUUAUGACCUUGCUUUUCCAAUCUCCCCAAUCCGUUACUGGGUACUGCAGGUCAUCUCUGUGUCUUCCCCUUCCCUGGUUUACAUGGGCCAUGCUCUAUAUAGGCUGCGGGCCCUGGAGAAGGUCCGACAGAAGAGGAAAGCUCUGCUGUGGAGAGAGCUGGAGGCUGCUGAUGUGGAGCCAGCAGUAGCCAGGAAGAGAAUAGAGAUGGAUAUGAAACCAUUUUAUCAGGAACAGCUUGAUAAAUCUCCCCUGAGGGGGUCUCUAAUGCGUACUUAUGUGGCUCACAUCAUCAUACGCUCUGUUGUUGAAGUGGCUUUCAUGACAGGUCAGUACCUGCUUUAUGGUUUUCAUCUCCUCACACUCUUUAAAUGUGAGCAGGAUCCUUGUCCCAACACAGUAGACUGUUUUGUUUCCAGACCAACAGAAAAAAAUGUCUACAUGGUGUUCAUGCAGAGCAUUGCAGUUCUCUCUUUAUUCCUAAGCAUCAUGGAGGUGAUACAUUUAACCUGCAAAAAGCUUAAAGUCUGUGCUCGAGUGAAACAAGACAAGGAUGAACCGACUACGAAUGAGAGCAGAAAACAAUCUGUUAAGCAAAUAAGCAAUAAAUCCCUGAAUGUAUCACCUGCCCUAGGACCUUGUGACUGUGAGCUUAAAGGUGAUGCAAAUAUGCUCCAAAACAUGAAACCCUCAAUUCGUAUCACUUUUGAUGAUCAAUGGGCAACUCAAGAGGAAAUCAGCGAUUAUAGUUACUCUGCUCAAACUGUGUCUCAACAAACAACAAACCAAAAUUACUGGGAAUCAACUCGAUGCUAAAUUAAAAUUAGAAGCCAAACAAGAAAAAACAAAAAGAUGACAGCAGCCCAAGACGGAGGUUAAGGCUUCUAAACUGCCAAAAGGAUUAUAAUCAUCUUAACUUUCUUUGCAUAAGGAGGUGAAGGAAUCAGCUAUCCAAUGAAAAAUAUGUCUAACUACAACUCCUGCAGAUUUCAGGUCAGCAUCAGUGUUCAAUAAAUGACCUUUACUCUUCAAACUGAGGCAUCAAGAUGCAGCUGGAGCCCGAGCUUGCAGAUACAAACUUUUUAGUUCAGCUGUGAAUUGUUGACACACUAUCAAAUAUCAUUUAAGAAACUGUAUAAAUGCAUUUAGCCACAUUUUAGGCAAGAAACAA